AUGGCUAAGGCGCCGCAGUCUGCACCACCUAGUUUGUCUGCACCGCCCGCACUGCCCGAGCGAGUGGAUUCCCUCGACAUGGUCAAACAGCAAUUGUUUCAAGAUGACUUAAUUUCUGGUGCUCGGCUGGAUGCUUCGGCGGAUUUCGACCAUUCGAGUUGCUGCACUCUGAAAUGCAUUUUUGUGCGACUACCGCAUAAGCAUGUUGAGUUAGUUAAUGUCCAAAUGGACCACCUACCUGAUCGUGUGCUGGAGACGUCUCUGAAUGCACAGAGUUCUUCAGGCAUGGAGCUAUGUCCAGUGAGGUUUCGAGAGUGUUUGGAAGCGAACAGGAUUUCGGUGAAGUUUUGUCUUUAUAAUUCGCUAUCGGCAGAAUACGACGAGCCAAACCAAGACAUUACAACUAACAGAACGCAAGGUGAUGCAAAGCAGUCGGGUAGCUACUUGGAACUGGACAAAAUCUGGACACCUGCCUACUACGGCGACGAUAAGCAUGGCAUGGGCCACCGGACUGGUCUGUAUUCUGAUGAACACGGCAACCUCAAGGUGACGGUGGGCAAGAAACACAGAACGUUUGACGUGAAGUGGAACGGGGAUAGGUACGAAGUGGAAAUCGAUGGCAGUAGGUUCACGGGACGAUAUCUUUCAAACCUGACAGAAGACGCCAACCGAGUGUUCCGAGACGAGAAGAGCAUUGUGACCACUCCCCGCAAAUGCGCAUCUGUCGUGUACCACCGCGAUUUGGUUACCUGCGCUGGUGAUAAGCAAAUCGACAAGUCUUCGUUGAGAAUGUGUGACAAGGUCAUCGGCAAGGGCUGGUUUGGUGAAGUUACCUUGGCCAAAUACACGAAUCCUAGUGGUGUAAAGUCGAAAGUGGCAAUCAAACGCGUAUCCCAGACAUCCCCUCAUGCCCUGGUUGGCGCAAUGGAGGUAGCCGUGCUGUCCGAGCUCGCAAAGAAUCCUAACGACAACCUCAUUCGUUUGGUUGGUUGGUAUCUGGAUACGGAUGCUCUAUGCAUGGUGACAGAAUACAUGCCUGGUGGUUGCCUCGCCAACUACUUGGAAGGCCUGUACAACAGCAGUGACCUCGUUCAACAAAGGGAAUUUCGCGGAUUCGUCAAGGAUAUCGCGACUGGAAUGCGCGCUCUCGAGAAGUGGAGAAUUCAGCACAGAAAUCUGGCUGCUCGCAACAUCCUCCUUGACGCGAAUAAGAGACUGAAGGUGUGUGUGUGUGUGUGUGUUUAA